CGAUCAAUGAUAUGUUAUAUUCUCAGUGUUUUGUAACAUUGUUGUUAUGAUUUGCGACUUGUGGGUAUAAAACUGUGAUGUAACAAUUAUGGUCAAUAAGGGAAAGUAUUUUAUAACGAGCAGUAGACAUCAGAGUGCAUAAACAGAGAAAGUCAACACAAUGUUUAUCGUCAAAUAUAGCUAUGAAUUCCUUACUUAAAUAUUAUUGCGACGUCAAAGGAUAUGAUGAAUGAAUCUAAUACAAGGAAGCAAGAUGGAGGCGAGUCUUUCGACCUUACGGAUUGGCUCACAAACGAUGUCAAAUUAUCCCAAUAUCGAGAUUCAUUUCAUGAAAAUGGCUUUGAAUCACCUUUAGAGUGUUGUACCAUUGAUGAAGCGGCACUUGAUGCAUUAGGGGUUGUGAAAAUCGGACAUCGAAGGCGAUUACUCGUGUCGUGUCAGAAGCUUGCAGACAAGUGGGGAUUAUCAUCACAAGAUCUCUCGAAACCAAAGAAUCCAAGCGAAGCAAAAGAACAACAGACUAUUUCUACUAAUGUUCAAUCACAGGAUAACGUAGAACUUCCUCCAGUGUUGCCUCCGAAAAAGGGUAAGAAACCGAAACCAGCUCCGCCUGCCAGAAAUAUGGCCGAACAGGAAGUAAAUAUCGACAGCGCCAUAGAAGGCGAAAAUUCGAAUGUAUCUGCUGAAUUUAGUCACGGCAAUUUGAACCUUGAGGUGUCCAACUCCACAAAUCCCGACUCAAAUAUAUUACAAACUGAAAAGAUAAAGCCUGCUGAGAAUACCAAUCAUGGGGGAGAUACAAUACAAGAAAGUACAAAUAGUGAAACCAUUCUCUCGCCAGGGCUUCCACCUGGCAAUGAAAUUUCAGAAUACGAGGCUAUUUGGGAGGCAAGUGAAGGGGAACCCUUACCUUUGAGCCCUGUUCAACCGGCACCAAAUAAUCAAAUGGAACAUGUCGAUAAUAAUGCUAACUUGGAUAUUAAUACAGCUGGAAAAUUUAAUAUUAAUAAUGAUGAGCAAAAUAAGCAAAUUAAUGAAGAGGUUAAACAGCCUGAUAGCAGCACAAAUAUACCUGGGCCACCUCCUAUCCCACCACGUGCUGACCUAGAGGAUCCUGUAGAAAUAGAACCACAUAAGUGUGUUAAUAUUGCAAGCACAGACAUAGCAAAUGCAGUACCAGAAACAAUACAACCAAGCUCAGCUCUGCAUGAGAGUAAGCCAUCAGAUUUGACACCUAAAGAAAAUACUGCAACACCAAAAAAGAAAAUAGCACCUGCAAAACCACCACGUAGAAACAAAUAUCAACCACUUUCGAUGCAUAUACCACAUAGUGAAGCUGCAGAGUUUGUUCCACAACCACGAAGAAGUGUAGGUAGUAUUGAUCAAACUGUGAAAGCUCAUGAUGAUGUCAUUUAUGAGAAUGAGUUGUUUACAAAUCAGAUUGCAGAGCAAGUUGAGAAAAAAAGUGAAACUGCAGCAGAAAAGAAAUCAAUCUUCGAUUGUGUACCAACUGUAGAGAUUCCGGAAUUUAGUGAAAACAUAUAUGGUAAUGCGGAAAAUUUCCAGAAAGCACCCUUACUGCCCACACUAUCUGCACCUGAACCAUCAGGAAGUGAGAAAAAUAGAAAACCUAUACCUGUGCCAAGAGCUAGGACUUUAUCAGGAAAAACAAAAGUGGAAGCUGUCUAUGACACAAUUUCAGGUAAAAAGUAUACCAUCAUUCUUUUGCAACUAUAAAGUUACAAAUAAUUUAAACAGUAAUGGACAUUUUUAUGCUGAUCAUGCAGUUAAUCAUGUUUAAGUUGCUUCAUGCUGAUUGAAUAAUGCUAAUUUGAGAAAACAUCCACACCUCCAUCAUGGAGGAAUUAAUACAUGUUAACCCAUUUUGCGAUGGCAUAAAGUGCAUAUAUGAAUUGAGUGCAUACUACUUGAUUAUCUCUGGAACUAUUUACUCUGUUGUCAUGCAACAUAUACAAUUCGAUAGUUAAUGAAUUCUUUUUCAAACCUUUAAGUGGCGCAAUGCACCCAGCCAGAUGCGCCCCACUUUGUUAUUUACUCUGUCUAAUGCCAGACAAUUUUACUUGUCAGGGGGAGAGUGCUGCCACUCAGUGGGUUAAUACAUGUAUUGCCAAACAUAUCAAC